AUGUCUGACGAGGACAGCCUCAACUACCCGCUCUUCCGUGAUUGUCUCUCAGCCACCAUUCUCCAGCCUGUCCCCGCGCCGGAGCCGAAACGCAGGCGGCGAGCCAAGGCGGGGCGCACAUCUCCAGUCCCGACUCCGGUCCCGGGUCCGGACCAGGAUGCCGAAGAGCUCGCCGACUUCAUCGAUUACCUGGCCGACGGAAUCUUCCAGAAUCUCCCGCAGGAUCUACAGGAGCUGGACUACCGCUCGUGGAGGGAAUCCGAGGCACUGCAGGCGCAGUAUUCCUUGCCACUGACACCAGACAGCCUGGCGAAGCUUGACUUGCCGUCCUCCAUCUGGGAGACUCUCAUCACAUACAAUCUCAUAGCUCCGGACCCGACCCAGCCUUCACAUCUCCCUCCCACACCCGAAGCGUUCCUGCUUCCCAUCUUGACGGGAUACCUCACCCCUCUCAUCGAACCGCCGCCAGCCACACCGUCCACUCGCACAGACGCUUGUGAACUUUGCGAGCGAUCUUGGAUCCCUCUAUCAUAUCACCACCUCAUUCCUCGGUUUGUGCAUGACAAGGCCGUAAAGCGCGGAUGGCACCGCAAGGAAGAUCUGCAGAACGUGGCGUGGCUCUGUGGCGCGUGUCAUAGAUUUGUGCACCGGUUCAAGAACCACGAGGACCUGGCAAGGCAUUAUUAUACAGUGGAGCUCUUACUGGAGGAAGAAGAAGUCAGAAAGUUUGCAGAGUGGGUUGGGAGGUUGCGCUGGAAGGGCGGUAAGACGAGAAGUAGGAGGUAUUAG